AUGGCCAACCUCAACGCACCCCUUCGAGACUCCCUCUCCCGACUAAUCACAGCCAACCACAUCCUCGACCACCACGGCCUCGUCGACGCCUUCGGCCACAUCUCCCUCCGCGACCCAGAAGAUCCUUCGAAGUUCUACAUGACCGGCCAACAAUCGCCCGCCUUCAUUGCCAAUGAAACGGACCUCGCACACUACAACAUCUCUGAUGGCUCUCCAAUGAAAUCAGUUGACCGUGAAAGCGGCGCGCAACCGUGUAGUGAGAGAUUCUGCCAUUCGGGGAUUAUGAAGAGGUUCCCAGGGGUGAAUGCUGUAGUUUACAGUCCGAGCCCAGUAGUCCUGGCCGUGGGAGUUAGUGGAGUGGGUCUAAGGCCUGUCGUUCACAUGGCAGGUUUCCUUGGCAAGAAAGUGCCAGUCUUCGAUAUCGGAGAUGUGUACGAUGAGUUGGAAGCUUCGUCGUCCUUGUCAAUGCAGAGAAAUAUGCUUGUCAACUCGAACGACCUCGGUGAUGGCCUGGCGAGAUAUUCCUCCAAGUCCAGUCAUAGCGGUGAUGCUGCUCUUCCCGACUAUACGGUCCUUCUCCAACGAGGCCAUGGAUUCUACACAUGGGGAGAGACGGUCGAGGAAGCUGUCUAUCGGGCCAUCUAUACGCAACAAAAUGCCAAAAUCCAAAUGUCCGCGACCGAUUUCUCGGUCGUUGCUUCGGGCGAGCUCAAGAUCCAGUUCCUUGACGAGCAAGAAGCUAAAGAUUGCGCCGUGAUGAACAAGGCAUCUGCAGUAAAGGCUUGGAUGUACUGGAGGCGAUUGGUGGAGAGCAAUCCAACGUACAGAAACGACUUGACGAACAAGCUGAUCACGGCAGGCACUUAUCGGAAGACGCAUACGAAUCGCAUGGAACCAUUCUGA